AUGGUAGGCAAGAAGGUUAAAAUCCUGGCUAAAAUUGGUUUGGACGUACUCUAUGUUAUCAUCGUCUUGAUUACCUAUUUCGUGACGAUGUUUAGCUACAAUGAUGUGGUAGGCGUUAGUGUCACAGAGAUCGUAGAUGAAGCUGAUGGCAAAAAUACAACAUCAUUUGGUGACUUUAAAGAUGCUUAUUGCAGUGGAAAGAAUGAGAUCCCAGACGAUGAAGCCUUAUGCGAUCAAGUUUCCAGCUGGCAAACAGCUGGGCUCAUCUAUUUGGUAAUAUCACUAUUUUCCAUUGCAUUUUGCGUGUAUGGAAUUGUGAGGCUUGCACUUAGGCUUGGCCAAAAAGACUUUGCAUUCCGCGUGAAAUACGAUCUGGAGUAUUCCAUAUACCCAGAAUUGAGUCUUCUUGCGCUGAUUCUAUAUAUAGUUGUCAGUGAAGUAUUUACUACUGAUCUCCCUGCUGGCUAUGUUUCAGCAUCUAGUGAAAGUGCUGAUGCAGAGGCUGGGCUUAUUCUUAUGAUUGUGGCAUUCUUGAUUAGUCUUGCAAGCUCAAUUUAUUUCUUUCUUGCAAGAAAGCACCUUGAGCAAAAUUCAGAAUUUACGAAGCCUUUAUUAAGCAAAUAA